AUGUUCGAGGUCCAGAGGAAAAAAACAUGUACGGUCGACGUUUGCAUGCACAUAUACACGAUUAUGAAACUCGACUGCUCCUUGAGCUUAACCAAAAACUACAUCAAAUCUCAUCUCCUGGAUCUUAUGCCCUCUACCAGCGGAUUCUUCAGAAAGAACAAUGAAGUCAAAUUCGUAAGGAAUACUGAUUUGAACUCUUCAGUGAUGCUAUUGAAAGAUGUACUUGGAAAAUACUUGGAUACAUGGGAUUAG